AUGGAACUGAAAAAAAGAGUCAGACAAGGAUGCCCCCUCAGCCCAACCUUGUUCAAUGUGAGCCUAGCGGAUUUGGAAGAAGAGAUGAAAAAAAGUUCUGAUGUCCAUUACACCAGAAGGGCUAAAGAAGAUGAUAAAGAGGUUGGGAAAAUAUUUGGAAAAAAAAGCCUGAAAUUGAAUACAGAAAAGUCAAAGAUAAUGGUGUUCAGAAAAGGACAAGGAAGGAGAACUAGAUUAGAAUUCAAAUGGAAGGAGGAAGUAAUAGAAGAAGUGAAAGAAUUUAAUACAUAUUUGGGAUAUAUAAUAAAGUGCAAUAACAGUGAUGAAGGACAAAUUAAGAAGCUAGAAGGUAAAGCUAAAACCGUAGUAGGAAGAAUUUGGAGCAUAGGAGAGAGGAAAUUUAAAGAAGAUUGGGAUAAAAGGAUGAAAUUAUUCGAUGCACUAAUAGAGUCAGUAAUGAUGUAUGGAGCCGAAAUUUGGGGGUGGAAAGAAAGGGAAGAACUUGAAAGAAUACAAAGGAAAUAUAUUAAAUGCGUGCUAAAGCUUGACAGGAACACACCGGAUUACAUAGUGAUGAAAGAAACAAACAGGGAUGAUUUGAUAAUUAAGACAGGAAAAAGAGCACUAAAAUAUGAAGAAAAGUUGGAAAAACAAGAAAGAAACACGAUCUUGGGAGAAUGCUGGAAAAUACAAGAGAGAAGAAGAGAAGAAAAAAGCCAAGAAGACAAGAGAGAAUUCUUGAGGAAAAAAGGAUGGUCUAUAGAAAAGUAUUGGGAAGAUAAAGAUAGGAAAGAAUCAGUAUGGCAAAGAUUGAAGGAAAAAGGCAGAGAAAUACAGACAAACUAUACAGAAGAAAGGAUAAAGGAUUCAAGACACGCAGAAGAGAUCAAGGAGGUUCUCUUGGAAAAACAAGGAGAUACAUGGAGAGAGGCCAAAGAAAGGAUAAGUUAA